GAAAGCUGAUCUCCAGAGGGACGUGGCUUCACCUGACUCAGGUAUCAGGGCUGGGUCCGUUAUAAAUCAAUGCGGCUGAGGAACCUGCACACAACCCUGGUGCUGGGAAGAAACUAAACUGUUCUAUACACACGAGUAGAGACUCUGGGAAAUCAUGCGCUUCAGCGUCUUCUUCUUCGCCAUCCUCCUGGGAUUCCUCUAUCUCACACUGGCACAAGGCUCGUACGAGGACUGCUGUCUGCAGUACGUCAGAAAACUUAAGCCGGCCUACAGGAGCAGAGUGAUCAGCUACAGAAGACAAGAGCUGGACGGAGGAUGCAACAUCCAAGCUGUCGUCUUCACGCUGAAACGCGGCCGUAUGAUAUGCACCGACCCCAGAGAGAGAUGGGUCCAUGAACUCAUGAGGAAGGUGGACACACUGACGGAAAACUCGUUGAUGAAGAGGAAGAACUCACGGGGUUAAACAAGCCAGCGGCGGCCGAGAGAGGACCAGAGGGAAAACAGCUCGAGUCUUUCGGCCAAUCCCGUUCUUUGUUUGAGUCCUGGCGCGUUUCAGCACGGAUCGACUGUGUUCUCAGUACUGUCCCGUGCUCUCUUUCUGGUAUCGGGGUGGCAUUUGCCGUUUCCGGACUUUUGUGGCUUCGCUGGCGGACCGCUGGUUAAACGCUCAGAGAGAUGAGAGAUGGUCGCUGCUUUCCCUCUACAUCACUUCCGAAGCUCGCUUCCAGAGCUGCCUGCUUAAAAAAAGUCCAAAAGUAUACUUCGGUUCAGCCCAACGCUUUAUCGGUUAACG